AUGUCUGAGCCUGACUCUUCAUCUGGAUUUGCAGGGAGUGUGGAGAAUGGAACUUUCCUUGAGUUGUUUCCCACAUCACUGUCCACAUCGGUGGACCCAUCCUCAGGCCACCUGUCCAAUGUCUAUAUCUAUGUGUCCAUAUUCCUCAGCCUUUUAGCAUUUCUGCUUUUGCUUUUAAUUAUUGCCCUCCAGAGGCUCAAAAACAUCAUCUCCUCCAGCUCCUCCUACCCCGAGUACCCAAGUGAUGCUGGAAGUUCUUUCACCAACUUAGAAGUCUGUAGCAUUUCCUCCCAAAGGUCCACUUUUUCAAACCUUUCAUCCUGA